AUGCGACCCAAAAGUCUAAUGGUUAGAGCUAUCCCCACCUUGACGAUCAUGCUUAAAGGGAAAAGCGAUAUUCUGAAGAUCCUGAAGGACGUGGACGGCAUCACACCCACUGACAUUAGUCAGGAAGUAAAUAACCGACAUGUGCAGGUGAAGGACCAGCUGGCGGCGCCUUGGGGAGUGGCAGUGUUCGAGGUGUCAGCGGAGGGUCACGACGAUAACGUGACGCUGACGGAGCUCUCCCGGGUGGUCGGCGAGGCUCGGCGGGUGCGGCAGGUGUCAUGGUGCGUGACGGUGGUGGUGGUGAGCGACGACCUCGCCUUCCUCACCGCCUUCGCCCAGUUGUCCCUCAAGGGCCGCCUCCUGGUGUGGUCGACGAGGCUCCUGGUCGUCACCCGCCUCCCGCUCCACCACCUGCAGGUCCUCCACACACUCCUGUCUAGCAGGAACGCCAUCUUGGUCCACCUUAAUGAUACUACAACCCGUUUUAAGUGCGGCAUGUACGUCCACCUGCCGUACACGCCCAGAGAGACGCAGCCAGUGUGGGUUGCCUCCUGGACGCCCAAACACGGUCUCGCCCUCUCCUCUUCUCUCCAGCUCUUCCCAGAGAAGUUUUACAGGUUCGUGCAAGCACCCAACCUUCGGGUGUCUGUGAUCAACAUGUCAGCUCACAACGCCCUGCUGACGGUGGACCCGACUGAUCCCACAGCAAGGCGAUUCAUCCACACGGGACCCAUUGCUAACGUGGUCGAGUACCUGGCCACAACUCUCAAUUUUUCAUACACCAAUGUGGUGCCCCGGGAUUAUGGUUUUGGCACCAGGGCGGACGACGGCUCGUGGACGGGAAUGGUAGGCAUGGUGCAGCGAGAGGAGGCAGAUAUCUCCAUCGGGCCCAUCAGUGUAACCGCCACUCGCGCAGAGGCAGUAGACUUCGCCUGGCCAUUUUGGUAUGACAGUUCGGGUAUAUUAUCUGGUCUUGGCCGACCAGAGAUCGAUCCGUGGGGCUUCCUGGCACCCCUGGCGCCGAUGGUGUGGGUGGUCAUCCUGGUGACGAUGACGGUGGUGCCUCUGGUAGAGUUGCUGUGUUGGUCGGGGCUCGCCCUCAACCCCUCCAUGUGGGGCAGGUGGUUACCCAACACCUUUGAACAUCUGCGCAUAUUAUUACAGCAAGAUCCCAGUUUGCGUGAAAAUCGGUGGUAUGAGAGGAUUGUGAUGGUGGUGUGGAUGAUGGUGGCGCUGGUGUUGACACGGAGCUACGCCGGCAACCUCAUGGCUCUCCUGGCUGUUAGACACGUCCCUCAGCCCUACCAGACUCUCCAAGAUGUCCUCAACGACCCGUCAGCCAUCAUGAUGUGGCAGAGAAACUCCAUUAACGCGGAAUAUCUUCGUGUUGUUAAAUCUGGCAGCAUCUACGAGGCGGCACAGCUGGAGAGAAAAGGGCGACUGUUGUAUGUGACACAGGAGGAGUACGCCCGCCUGAUGGCCACGGUGAUCAGGGCUGGUACUCAUGUGCUCUUCGACAUCUCCAUCUCUCUCAGGAACUUAAUAGCCAAGGAAUAUUCACUUACAGGAAGGUGCGACUUCUACACAUCUAAGGACAAGUACCUGGCCUUCUCUGCGUCUCUGAUUACUCAGAAAGACAACCCUCUAGUGCCAGCGGUCAAAUACAGGAUGAUGGCCCUGGUAGAGUUCGGGUUAUUUGACCGUUGGUUUAAGACAACCGUUCCCAACUCGACAUUGUGUCUUCGACCCCCUCAGAAAUAUACCAUCCAGUCGUCCCUCAGUCUUACGAACCUUUGGGGAAUGUUGGUGGUGGUAGUGGGCGGGAGCACCCUGAGUCUCCUAGUGUUGGGGGCUGAAAUUUUCUGGGCUCGAGGCCCGUGAAAUGUGACAACACCCGAAGAUUGUAAUUCCUUAAACGGAGGAUGAUUAUGACAAAGGAAGGCUGUGUGCCAAGGAAAGAGCAAGACUGUCGUGCAGGAGAGUGGGAUUGGGAACCGCGAAGACAGAGGAAGACUGUGAUCUUCACAUCAGCAAAUAUGCACUGACCUCAAUGAAAAGAAAAAUAGUUAUCGUAGUAUAAUUGGGAAGACUACUGUAUAUCACUGGUUCAUUUAUAUGGUAAAUAUAUGGGAACAUUUAACUAACACCAGAGUUUACUAAUUUUCUGCAUGUUACAUUAUCACAUCUUUUUAUGUAAAUAAAAUUUCCACUCAA